UUAAGCACGGGAAACCUGUCUUAUGUAAUUCUCACGAUUCGUACGUUCUUACGAAAGCCGCUACGACUGUCGGUAUUACGCAAAAUCAGCACAUUUUCUUCAAUAUUUCGGAAUCAAGAUGGUUGUGAGAACAUACCAGGAUGAGUUGAAGUAUCUGGAGAAAGUUGGAAACUGUGCAUGGAGAAUAAAGAAAGGCUUUGUAGAGAACAUGAAUGUUGAGGGUCUGUUCUUUGUGAAUGACUUUCUGGAGAAAUUGAUGUUUGAUGAGCUGAAACAGUCGUGUAGGAGUGGAGGGUAUGGUGGAUUUCUGCCUGGAAUGAAACAGAUUGGAAAUGUAGCUGCAUUGCCGGGAAUUGUUGGGAGGUCUAUAGGCUUACCUGAUGUCCACAGUGGAUAUGGCUUUGCUAUAGGUAAUAUGGCAGCUUUUGACAUGGGAAACCCUGACUCAGUUGUCUCCCCUGGUGGUGUAGGGUUUGAUAUUAACUGUGGUGUAAGGUUGUUGAGGACGAAUCUCACAGAGAAAGAUGUACAACCAGUCAAGGAACAGUUGGCUCAAUGCCUGUUUAAUCACAUACCAGUCGGUGUAGGCUCAAAGGGAAUUAUACCCAUGAACGCAAAAGAUCUUGAAGAAGCAUUAGAAAUGGGCAUGGAUUGGUCCUUGAGAGAAGGUUACAUCUGGGCUGAAGAUAAAGAACAUUGUGAAGAAUAUGGCAGGAUGCUUCAGGCAGAUCCUUCAAAAGUGAGCCCUAGGGCAAAGAAACGGGGUCUUCCACAGUUAGGUACACUAGGUGCCGGCAAUCAUUAUGCAGAAAUCCAGGUUGUUGAUACAAUAUUUGAUAAUUUUGCUGCCAAGAAGAUGGGUAUAGAGUUCCCAGGACAAGUGUGUGUGAUGAUACAUUGUGGCAGUCGAGGACUUGGACAUCAAGUGGCAACAGAUUCUUUGGUUGUGAUGGAAAAAGUAAUGAAACGUGAUAACAUUUUAACCAACGACAGACAACUGGCAUGUGCCAAAAUUAACUCCCCUGAAGGGCAGGAUUACCUGAAGGGGAUGGCUGGAGCAGCAAACUAUGCAUGGGUGAACAGAUCUAGUAUGACUUUCCUGGCUAGACAGGCCUUUGCAAAAAUGUUCAACUCGACCCCUGAUGACCUCGACAUGCAUGUGAUUUAUGAUGUAUCGCACAACAUCGCCAAGGUGGAGGAACAUUUUCUAGAUGGCAAACAGAAAACACUUCUAGUACACAGAAAAGGUUCCACGAGAGCUUUCCCACCACAUCAUCCUCUUAUACCCGUAGAUUAUCAGUUGACAGGACAGCCAGUGUUAAUUGGAGGUACAAUGGGGACAUGUAGUUAUGUUCUAACUGGUACAGAACAUGGUAUGAACGAGACAUUUGGAACUACCUGUCACGGUGCUGGCAGGGCUAUGUCGAGAGCAAAGUCAAGACGUAACUUGGACUACGUGGAUGUACUGAGUGCACUAGAGGAACAGGGGAUCAGUAUACGAGUAGCCUCACCAAAACUUGUCAUGGAGGAGGCACCCCAGUCUUACAAGAACGUCACAGAUGUAGUGGAUACAUGUCAUAUGGCAGGUAUAAGUAAGAAAGCUAUUAAACUUCGACCAAUCGCAGUUAUCAAAGGAUGAUAUUAUUGUGACUGUUACUUGGUGCAAUAGGAUUACAAUUCUAACCUCCACAAGCUGUUCUUAACUGUGUUAUUAAACAUGAUUCUGGCCAGUGUGUGACACUUGUGCUCAUUGGGUGUAUUCCUUUCAGAAUCUGGAACACUUUCUAUGUUCAAGAAUCCUGUUGUAAAAUUUAGUGUAAGAUUUAGUUCUGAUCUGGUCCCAAGCAGAAAGGAUUUAUUUUUUCUCUCAUUAUGUUUUAUCUAGAGACUGCAGUCUGCAUACACAUUUUAUUUGUCCCUUCAUGUUCUGCACAUUACAUAAAGAAUAUUACACGAGUGUCUUUUCAUACUGAAGUUAUUAAACAAGUUGAAUAAAAUAAUAAAAUGCGAGGCUCUGUCAAGCAUUUUAUCAAUUUUAUUCAACAAGAUUAAUAAAUUCAAUGUGGAAAGACAAAAAUGUAAUAUUCUCUAUAUCACAUGUAAGUUCUUCCUUCUUUAACUAUUAUAGAACAUGUAAACUUGACCAACGUCUCUUUUACUAAAAAUGACGUCAGCAUCAAAGCUUUAUUACAUUAGUGUAUUACCAAAUUUAUGUAAUAGCUUUAUUACACUCCCGCAACAAACGUGUGAUAAAGAACACUUUUCUGCCUUAUUCCUUUUAAAUUAUACUUGAAAUUCAGGGAUCUUGGAUUCAUAAAUUAAUGGAAUACAUCCAUUGCUUUUCAUGUUUUAGAAAAAAAACAUCUGUGAUCUGAAUAAAAUGUGCUGAUAAAUGUGGCUUUAUUCAUUCUACUAUUGAAUAGGACAUGUAUAAUUUAUUCCAUGCUCCAAAGAGCCUUAUAUAUCCAUUUUUGCGUGAUGUAUUCAUUGCCUGUUAGAGCCAUGAAACCAGUAUAGAUUUUUUUGUUCAUACAUGUGUCUUUGUUUGUAUAAAAAGGUUGGCAUGGUUGAAUUGUACAACAUUGAUCAUAAUUUGUGAUAAACAUGAGUUGAUGAAAUAAUAUUCCUGUACACUAGACUGGCAUUUUCAGUGUUACCCAUGCCUGCAAAAUCCAUCUGGAAUCCCCAUGCAAGAUGACUCUUGUGCUGUUAGUGAUAACUUAGAUAUAUGCACUGAUUUUUUUUUUUUUUUUUUUUUUUUUUGAAAAAUGGAUAUAGUUCAUAUUCUGUGAUAGUUGCUCUUUUUCCUUUAUAGUGUAUUUCUUGAUCUAGAAAAAAGUUAUUUCAUAGAAUUAAAAUAUAAUGUUACACUACAAAGGAUGACACUAAACCAGAACUUUGCUGUUGUGUGUCUUUGAAAAGUCAAGAUGUCAUUUCUGUUUAUGACAUUAAUUAUGUCUCCCACCACACAGUUGUGUGGGAGAUAUAUUGAUUUACUCCUGUCUGUCUCUCUGUCUGUCACAAAUCUUGUCCGUGCUCUAAGUCAAAUAGUUCUCAUCUGAUAUUCACCAAACUUGAACAAAAUGUGUUUGACCAUAAGUCCUCUGCCAAGUUCGAUAACUAGCCAAAUCGGCCCAGGCACUUCAGAAUUAUGGCCCUUGAAUUAGAAAAAAUGGGCCUUUUACUCUGUAAAUGUAUAUUUGUAGUGAGUAAACAGUAUAUACUUACUGAUUUCCUUUAUGAUUAGGCAGUUGUGGGAGACAUGUGCUUUUCUCAAAAGCAGCAAUAGUUUACUGUGCUUUGAAUAUGCUACUACAAGAAAAAAGUGCUACAAUGAAUUUCAGUUUCAUCUAUAAGAUAUAUAAAAGUAUUUUAUACAAGAGAAAUAAUCUACCAUUGGUUGUAGGUGCAGAACUGGAUAUUUCUUUAGGCAUCUGCAACCAGUGACAGAUUGUUUACUUUCCUUGCAGAUUAGUUAGAACAAUAUUCUUACUAGGUAUUAACAAAUUUAAAACAAGCUGAUUAAAACUAUGAUAUUAAUAUGUAGGAUUUUGCACAUAAGGUGUUGCAAAGCACAAAAGAAAGAUUAUUGUAAAAUAUUCUUUCCAUAUUAUAUAAACUGUUGGACCUAAAUUUUAUAAUCCAACAUGACUAGAAAUAGUCAGCUGGUGGGUAGUGUGAUUUCUUUGCACAGAAAUAUGGAUUUAUGUUUAGUCAGUCUAAUUUGAUACCUUUCAUUUAAGACGCUCUGUAAAUACAUUUUUCAGUCAAAAAGUCUGUAAUAAGAUGGGCAAAGAGCAGACUAGAUUACAUUGUUCAAUGUUUUAAAAUCCUAUUGUUACUGGAACUAUUUUGAUGUUCAUAUCAUACUCAUUCCCAUUCAUAAAUGUAGGUGUUAAGUUUAACAUUACUAAGUUCAUUUUUAAUGGCAUGAUAAGCUUUAAUAAUGCAAAGAAAAUCCAUUGUGAAUAAGUAUGACUCUGACAUUGCAAGUGGUUGCUUGGAAACAAUUGAAAUCACUGUAUUAAUUUAUUAAAUGUUAUUUUACUGUAUAUUAAAGGUGCACAAUCCAGAUUUAUGUAUGAUCUUUCAAGGUUUUGAGAUUUCUUUACAUUGUUUGUAAUUAUGCCCCCCUUUGAAGAAGGAGGGGUACAUUCUUUUGUAGUUGUUGGUUGGUCGUUCUGUCUGUUGGUCGGUAUGUAGACCAAUCUGUUCCGGAUGAUAAAUCGAGAAGGCUUGGGCCUAGGAUCAUGAAAAUUGAUAGAGAGUUUGGUCAUAACCAGCAGAUGACAUCUAUUGAUUUUGAGAUCAGUAGGUCAAAGUCACAGUGACUCGGAACAGUAAAACGGUGUCCGGAUGAUAAUUCAAGAACGCUUGGGCCUAGGAUCAUGAAAGUUGAUAGGGAAGGUUGUCAAGACUAAUAGAUCACUCCGGGAGAACUACGUUCCAACGUAAGUCAUGUCUCAACGAUAUCAUGUGACAUAUCUCAACGACUUCUGUUUACGCUUUCGAUCAAUAUGACACGGCUUAUAUUAUUUUCAUAUAUAUCAAUUACUUUUAUUAUAUUUACUUGUGUCUUGACUUGAACAUGUAUUCAGAUUCUAAAAGUAAUCGCAUAAAUUUAUCAAAACAUUUAAAUUUUAAAAACAGUUGUCUGUUAUUUAGAAAAUAGAAGCAUUUUGCUAUUUUCCAGAAUAAAACAAAUAUACUACAUUUUUCAACAGCAAUACUUACUGACAAUCAAUGAUCGAUUAAAGGCAAUGCCAGUUUUAAUCUUAGAAAUAAUUGCUGCAACUGCUUUAUCAUAAACAGGCAAUAUUUAUUUAAUAUCAUGUUCCUCAUUCUAACCGAUGAUAUUACUAACUCUAAACGCGACAUAGGCAAACGUUACUGACACUCAUCGAAGUCUUGCGGCUAAACAUUACUUAUAUCCGAGUGAAAUGUACCAGCAAGUCUGUGACUGAAAAUCAGAUUUUGUUAGAAGUAUGUACUAGUAUUUCUUCAUCCGUUUCUUUUAUUAUCAUCUGACGGUUUCCCCAAGAUAUCUUACUAGCAAUACGUACGACGUGGCGCGGAGUUGACUUAUACUAUUGCAUGCGCACACCUUGAUUAUUGUUAAGUCUGGAAAAAGAUUCUUUUGAAGCACAGGACGCAACUAAGAAACCUGAAGUGAGCAUGUUAUUAGAUUUGUAUCUAGGUAUAUGCACGCGUUCUGCAGCGAAAAUAGAGAAAUAUUGCGCGACUUUAUGAAGAAUAAAUGCUUAUUUAUCGAUGCAAAAUCUAAAUAUCUUUUUAUAAUUACUACGUGUGUAGUAUUCAUUAUAUCGAUGAUAAAAGAAAUUGUUCUUUAACCCAAGUGGAACUCAAAAUGCCCCAGUUAAAGAACUUAAAAACGUGACGACAUCCAUGAAACUGACGUCAUAAUUGAAGACACGCACCCGAAAUAAAACUAAAACGUCAAUAUUUAUAGGUUAUUGACUUUGUAUGUGGAUAUAAUGCACUUGUUCUGCAGCAGUAAUAUUGCGCGACUUUAGGAGCGCAAUAUUAUCCACAUACAAAUUGAUAACAUUUUUAUUACAUACCUACUAUCAAGUAAUUACUUUAUGUCCAAAUUUUCGUUCUGGUACGAAAAACAAGAAAAAUACGAAAAGAAUUUCUCCGAAAAUCUAAUAAACAAAUCAAGCUGACGCGAAUUCAUAUUUUCCGCAAGAUAUUUUCCGCAAGUUGAAACGUCAAAUAGAUGUCGCAACGUGUGUGUGGACGUCAUAGACAUCACGCGAUUCUUUCCAUUUAAACGUUUAGAAAACAUUACUCUCCGAUAUGAAAGCGUUGUCCGCAAUAUGUACAGUUUAAUAUAUGGGAGAGUGGUGCCAUUGAGUAAUAAUGGUCCUGCCAAGGUGAUAAUAGCCCGAUAAUAUCACUAAAAGACACCGUUCUCCCAUCUAUUUACCUGUUUAUUACACGUGUACCUAUAAUCAAGUAAGAAAAGUUGAAAGUGCAUUUUUCAUUUGUUCAAGCAUUUACUGGGGUUUUUCAGUUUCUAUACAAUUUGGAUAAGAGGCUAUAUGUUAUAUAAAAUCAAAUGCCUUGAUAGUUGUACUUUCUUACAUAAAACAUAAUUAAGGGUUGAAAAGAAAAUCAUUUCAUGAAGAAUUGCUACGAAGUUAAUAUAGGACUAGGUUGUGCUUUCUUGCAAUAAUGGCACGUCUAGUGUUAUAAUCGCCCGAGGGCUUUAUUCCGAGGACCAUUAUGAAACUAGGUAUGGCAUUGCGGCUAGAAGGCACAACCAGCCGUUUAUUUAGUUUUUAGCUCAAGGUGAGCUAUUGUGACCGGUCAUUGUUCAGCGUCCGUCGACGUGCCUCGUGCGUCGUCCGUCAACAUUUGCCUUGUGAACAUUUUAGAGACCACAUUUUUGAUACAAUCUUUAUGAAACUUGGUCAGAAUGUUUGUCUUGAUGAUCUCUAGGUCAAGUUUGAAACUGGAUUAUUUGGGGUCAAAAACUAGGUCAGUAGGUCAGAUCAAAGGAAAAGCUUGUGAACACUCUAGAGACCACAUUUUGAUACAAUCUUUAAAAAACUUGGUCAGAAUGUUUGUCUUGGUGAUUUCUAGGACAAGUUUGAAACUAGGUUAUGUGAAGUCAAAAACUUGGUCAGUAGGUCAGAUCAUUCGAAAAGCUUGUGAACACUCUAGAGACCACAUUUUAAUCCAAUCUUUAUGAAACUUGGUCAGAAUGUUUGUCUUGAUGAUCUCUAGGUCGAGUUUGAAACUGGGUCAAGUGGGGUCAAAAACUAGAUCACCUGGUCAAAUCAAAGGAAAAGCUUGUGAACACUUAAGAGGCCACAUUUGUGACUCGAUCUUUAUUAAACUGGGUCAGAAUGUUUGUCUUCAUCAUUUCUAGGUCAAGUCUGAAUCUGGGUCAUGUGGGUCAAAAACUAGGUCGCUAGGCCAGAUCAAAGGAAAUUCUUUUCAACACUCUAGAGACCACAAUUUAAGUUUGAAACUCAUGGGAAUUAGUAAGAAUGUUUGUUUUGAUAAUCUAUAGGUCAAGUUUGAAUCUGGGUCAUAUGGGGUCAAAAACUAGGUCACCGGUCAAAUCAAAGGAAAAGCUUGUAAACACUCUAGAGGCCACAGUUGUAACCAAAUCUUUACAAAAUUUAGUCAGAAUGUUUGUCUUGAUGAUCUUUAGGUCAAGUUCAACUCUUGGUCACGCGGGGUCAAAAUCUAGGUCAGUAGGCCAGAUCGAUUCUGGUAAGCGAUGUAAAGGGUCAUCAUGGCCCUCUUGUUUAUCAUAUACGUUCACUUCAUAUUUAUCUUGGUAUUUACAUUUUAUAUAUUUUAUAAUUAUUUGUUUUGCUUUUUUUUAUUUGACAAUCGAUCUGAUUCAGCGACCUUUUAAUCGCCAUAAAUAAUGUUGCUUCAUGACGUCAACAUCAGAACUCGCUGAUGUUCUAGUUAGGUUAUGGCGCCAGAGGCGCAAUGUGCCAUUAUGGAUACAUAAACAGUAGUCGUAAUGACCGUUUUAAACGGCUUUUUGUUACUACUUAUAGUAACGUAUAUAAUAAGGAAAAAUAUUGUAUGAUCGAAGUCCACUGAAACUCAAUUGAAAUAAUUUUAGAUAUGUAAUAAGGAAAACUAUUUCUUGCACACCGGACUGACCUUUCCGUCGACUUUACCCAUGCAUACAAAACCAAUCUGGCACCCCAUGCGUUGGCUCUCGUGCUGGUUAUGACAACUUGCGCUGCUUUGAUAUCAUAUGGUAUUGUAUAUGUGAAUUUAGACAAUAUCAGGUACCUUGAGACCUUCUCUUCGUCCUAUUUACAUGUAGUAUUUUUGUCGGUCUGAAAUACGAUAUUUUACGGAAAGAACAUACCGUUACGCUUUAAACGAUAAAACUAAAGAGAAACUUUGUUAUUGUGCUUCACUUUAAUGUAAUGACGUCACUUCGGUUUACGGAUGUUCAUUGCCUGUGCUGCGGGUGCAUGCUCUGCCAUAAGAAUGAGUACUGCAAAUGAAGUAUUUCUAAUUGCUUUUAAAUUUCUGUUGUUAUUUGAAAAAUACGGCAUGCAACAAAAAUGAUCUGUCAGAAUGAAACGCUUUUUUAUACGAUAUGUUCCUAAUACAUUUGCACGACGUAAUAAUAAUUACUAUAUGCGGACAAAAUGAGCAAUACGCCUGCACAUGGUGUCGAAAACAUUUGUUACGAAAUAGCUAAUUUAUGUGGAAAGUUCUUAAAGUAAUGCUUUAUGAUCCUGAUUAUCUAUACAGUAUUAAUUACCGGCGUACGCAUGUACGUACUAUCUAAUAAGUGUAAUUUUGUACAAGUUCAAAUGGUAAUUAUGAUGCUGAGACUUUGCAACACUGUAUGUGAGACGUUGUCACAUAAUGUAUGUUAUCGUUGCGGCCUUGCAACAUUUAUGUAGCUUACAUAAGUGUAUUUGUAACUAGUUCGUUUCAUCUUGCAAAAUGCUGCAAAUAGCUAAUAUAUCUUCUUCACAUCAAACUUAUCUUUUCAGUUAUGAAAACGUAAAAUAAUAUAUGCUUAAUUACACAUAAUAAGUGAAUCAACAAGGUCAUUCGAAGCGACACCGUAGCUUCGUCGUUGAGGUAUGUCACAUGAUAUUGAUGAGACUUGACUUACGUAGGAACGUAGUUCUCCUGGAGUGUAGAUGACCCUUACUGAUUUUGAGAUCAGUAGGUCAAAGGUCAAGAUCACAGUGACCCGUAAGAGUUUAAUGGAGUCCGGAUUAUAACUCAAGAAUGCUUGGGCCUAGGAUCAUCAAAGCUGAUAGGGAGGUUGUUCAUGAGCAGCAGAUGACCCCUAUUGAUUUUGAGGUAUGUAGGUCAAAGGUCAAGGGUCACAGUGACCCGCAACAGUUAAAUCGUUUUCGGUCGUUAACUUGAGAACCCUUGGGCCUAUGAUCACAAAACUUAAUAGGGAGGUUGGUUAUGAGCAGCAGAUAACCUUGACGUCAGUAGGUCAAAGUCACAGUGACCUGGAACAGUUAAACGGUUUCUGGAUGAUAACUCAAGAACGCUUGGGUCUAGGAUCAUGAAAGUUGACAAGGAGGUUGGUCAUGUCAGCAGAUGACCCCUAUUGAUCUUGAGGUCAGAAGGUCAAGGUCAUAGUGACUCUGAACAGUUAAAAUGUUUCCAGACGAUAACUUGAGAACGUUUGGGCCUAGGAUCAUGAAACUUAAUAGGGAAGUUGAUCAUGAUCAGCAGAUUACCCAGUCAGUAGGCAAAGGUCACAGUGACCCAGAACAGUUAAAUGGUUUCCAGAUGAUAACUCAAGAACACUUGGGCCUAGGAUCAUGAAAGUUGAUAGAGAGGUUGGUCAUGACUACCAGAUGACCCCUAUUGAUUUUGAGGUCAGUAGGCCAAAGGUCAAGAUCACAGUGCCUAGGAACAGUUAAAUCGUUUCCGGACAAUAAUUCUAGAAUGCUUGGGCAUAGGAUCAAGAAACUUAAUAGGGAGGUUGAUCACAACCAGCAGAUGACCCCUGUUGGUUUUGGGGUCAAUAAGUCGGGCAAAGUCACAUUGACCAAGAACAGUAGAACUUUGUACAGUGACCAAAUAAUUUCUGUUCCUUGUGCAGUUACUGAAUUCAUCAAGGGGGACAUACCCUGUUCUACAAGCUCUUGUUGUAUAUAAAAUGUAAAAAAAAAAACAUUUUUAGAAAUAUUUCGUCUAAAAUAUAUGAAAGUGCUAUCUACAUGCAGUAAAGUAAAAUUUAAUGGAAAAUAGAAGGAAAUUAAUCUAUAAUCUACUUAAUAAUAUAGUCAUAAAAUAGUAAAACUAAUACUUAUUUAAUUAUAAAGGUAUUGUCAUCUUUAAGUAAAAAGAAUAAUACUGUGGUAUACAUCUAGAGAACUGUCCCUUUAACAUGUAUGAAACAGAUGUUGUUAAAGAUGGUUAUUGAUUCAAUAAAAUCUUAUCAAGCAACAA